AUGAGAAGAAGAUCUCAGGCCGUGAUUCCCGACUCGGAGGAUGACGCAUUUCUCAGUGGCACGUCAUUGAGAAAUUCCUCGCUCCCUCGUCGACAAGAACCCCAGCGGAAGACUUCGCAUUCCAGGACACGGUCCUCUCGCGUCAUCCCAGAUUCCGAAGAUGAUGGCCUUGUUGGUCUAGAUCUGGAACCUUCCAACUCAUCUGCUACGCAGAAUGACUCUACAAUGACCGUGAAGGUCGUCAUUCCCUCUAAAAAAGAUGUUUCACCCAGUGAGUCCUGCGGCUCGUCAGGCAUGCCGUCCACCGAUGGGACCACAGGCUGCAGUACCCCGGCGACCAGUGUCGGAACUCCUGCAGAGUCUAGCAUCAAGCGAACCCGGGGCCGUGUGAGUGCAUCGGACCGCGCUCAAAGCCUUCGCGCAAGCACCAUGACCAGAAGAGCGUCUCUCAGAAACCAACGUGGGACGAAGAGAUCCGCCGAGGCUGCCGCCCUUUCGGAGGAUGAAAUAAGCCUCGAAACGUCUGAUGCUGCCAUAGCCUAUGCUCUUCAGAUGGAGGAGUAUGAGCAGCCUCUACCUAAGAGACAGAAAACUGCAGCUCCAAAGCGGUCCUCGCAAAAGGCUCAACCCGCACAGGAAAUCCUGGAUGUCUCAAGUGACAGUGAAUUGUCCGAAUGGGAUAUCAUUGACAAGUCAUUGAACUCGGAGGACGAUCUUGAUGAGAAUUCGGAUUCGGAAUACGACGGGGAAGAGCGACAAGAGCGAGAAGAAGGGCAACAGGAUGGCGAAGACGCAGAGGAAGCCGACGAAGAAAUGGACGAAGGAAACGAGUCUGAAUUGCCCCUGAGUUGGGAAGAGCAGCGCAAAGCACGCCGGAUGCUUGCCGACCGGAAAAAGCUGGAGAAAAAGCAUCCAGCCAUUGUGACCAUGUGGGAUAAGCUGAAGGCUACACCUAUCAUCACGCCCAAGGCCGCUCAGCAGCCAGAAUCCAUUACUCGCAAGCUCAAACCCUUCCAAUUGGAAGGUUUGAACUGGAUGAUGGAACAGGAAAAGACCGAAUACCGAGGGGGUCUCCUUGGUGAUGAGAUGGGCAUGGGCAAGACAAUCCAAGCUGUUUCGCUCAUCAUGUCCGAUUUUCCUCAGCGUGAGCCGACCCUCGUCAUUGUGCCACCCGUCGCUCUGAUGCAGUGGGUCUCUGAGAUUAAAGAAUACACCAAUGGCAAAUUGAAGGUUUGCGUCUACCACAACUCAGAUUCAAAGGUCAAGAAGCUUUCGCGGUCGGAUUUGCGGAAGUACAACGUCAUCAUGAUUUCUUACUCGAGUCUUGAAUCCAUUCACAGAAAACAGGAGAAGGGUUGGACUCGUGGAAAUGGAACCGUGAAAGAAGAUAGUGUCAUUCAUUCGAUCAACUAUCACCGGCUUAUCCUUGACGAAGCACACAGUAUCAAGCAACGCACUACGGGUGUGGCCAAAGCUUGCUUUGCCCUGAAUGCUUCGUACAAGUGGUGUUUGUCCGGCACUCCCGUGCAAAAUAGGAUUGGAGAGUUCUUCUCCCUUUUGCGCUUCCUACAAGUCAAGCCCUUUGCCUGUUACUUCUGCAAGCAAUGCCCCUGUGAACAGCUCCAAUGGUCUGCGAAUAAGCAGGGCCGUUGCACGCAAUGUGGACAUACUGGCUUCAACCAUAUCUCGCUCUUCAACAAAGAAAUCUUGAAUCCAAUCACGGAGGGACGAUCCACUACAGAACGUAAGGAAGGAUUGGCAAAGCUUCGCUUGAUCACCGACCAUAUCAUGCUCCGACGCAUGAAGGAGGAACAUACAUCUUCGAUGGAACUUCCACCGAAACGUAUCACCAUUCAUAACGAGUUCUUCGGCGAGAUCGAACAUGAUUUCUCCCGCAGUAUCAUGACCAACUCUUCGCGUCAGUUCGAUACCUACGUCAGCCGAGGUGUGAUGCUCAACAACUAUGCCAACAUUUUUGGUUUGAUCAUGCAGAUGCGACAGGUAGCCAACCAUCCGGAUCUUAUCUUGAAGAAACACGUGCAGCCCGGAUUUAAUAUCUUGGUCUGCCGCGUUUGCGAUGAGCCUGCUGAGGAUGCGAUUCGGUCGCGCUGUCGUCAUGAGUUUUGCCGCAAGUGUGCGAAGGACUACAUCCAGUCUUUUGACGACGCCUCGAUGGUAGACUGCCCCCAGUGUCACAUUCCUCUCUCGAUUGAUCUAGAACAGCCAACUAUCGAACAAUCUGGGGAAUCUGUCAAGAAGAAUUCGAUCAUCAACCGCAUUCUGAUGGAUGAUUGGACGUCUUCCACCAAGAUCGAAACGCUGCUGUAUGAGCUCUAUCUGCAACGAACCAAGAGCCACACGCCAAAGUCGAUCAUUUUUUCGCAAUUCACCUCGAUGCUCCAGCUUGUGGAGUGGCGCCUGCGCCAUGCAGGGUUCAACACGGUCAUGCUCGAUGGAACCAUGACACCAGCGCAGCGCCAGAAGUCCAUUGAGCAUUUCAUGAAGAAUGCCGAUGUGGAGGUGUUCCUGGUCUCACUGAAAGCGGGAGGUGUGGCGCUAAACUUGACCGAGGCAUCUCGAGUGUUCAUUGUGGAUCCGUGGUGGAACCCUGCGGCCGAAUGGCAGAGUGCGGACCGCAGUCAUCGUAUUGGUCAACAACGACCAUGCGUGAUUACCCGACUUACCAUUGAAGAUUCGGUCGAAUCUAGAAUUGUUCAGCUUCAGGAAAAGAAGGCGAACCUCAUCCGGGGCACUAUCAAUAAAGACCAGGAUAAGGCGCUGGAGAAACUGACUCCUGAAGAUAUGCAGUUCUUGUUCCGAGGCUCAUAG